CUCCCUCGUCCUCGCUUCUUCCGACUUUCCCCGUCUACGCGCUUACCCCCACAGCGGCCAUAGCCGACGAGCGGCGGCGGCGCCGUGAUCUCCCCACGAAGCUACUGGGCGCCACCAGCGGUUAGAAUGGGGGAGGAAGACGAAGACCCCGACUGGCUCACCGCGUUUCAGGCACCAAGUACGGCGCCAGUGAUGCUUUCUUCUGGGUCUGAUGCUUCUCCUGAAGCUAGUCCUACCAGGACCACUUCAUCUAGAGAACAAGGAAAUGGAGAAAAGCAGGCUAGUUCAGAUCAUGCAGGUGAUAGAGAAGACCCUGCACAAACCAAGCGCAAGACUCUGACAUUUGCUAGAAGAAAAACUCUUAGUAGUAAAAAAGAUUCUUUUGGCAAACAUGCAGAAGGACCAACCACAGAUGAAAAACGAGAUGUCACUACUAGGCGCUCGACUCCAAAGAAGGAUGUGUUUACACUUUCAUCUGGUUCUGAUGCUUCCCCUGGAAACAGCCCUUCAAGGGCUGGUGAUGCUAAUCAUGAAGAGGACUCACAUAGCACUCCCAGGAGAAAAGGGGUUCAAGAAACUAAGCAUAAAAAACCAAAGGUUGUGGGAGCAAAAUCUGAUCCAGACCAAAUAGGUGACGCAUUGGAACAUCAAGAGGGAGUUGCUGAGGAUGAAAUGCAAGAUAAACUUACAGGAAACUCUGUCUCCCAGAGGUUACCAUUAAUGUUUCCUGAUAAAGUUCAACGUUCAAAGGCAUUGAUUGAAUGUGAUGGUGACUCGAUAGAUUUGAGUGGAGAUAUUGGUGCUGUUGGGAGGAUAGUAGUUUCAAACGGUCCUACUGGAAGUCAGGAUUUGUUAUUGGAUCUGAAAGGAACGAUAUACAAAACAACCAUAGUUCCAUCCAGGACAUUUUGUGUUGUGGGUGUGGGACAAUCAGAAGCAAAGAUAGAGGCUAUAAUGAAUGACUUCAUUCAACUGGAACCACCGUCCAAUUUAUUUGAAUCGGAGACUAUGAUGGAAGGUACCCUUGAUGGAUUCACAUUUGAUUCAGAUGAGGAGGGUGAUAAGCUUCCUGAAUCACAGGCCUAUCAAAAUGAUCCGAAUAAUGAAGAUGAUGGUCAACCUAAGGCGAAAACCAAAAGAAAAGCUGAGAAACAAGUGGGGAAGGCACCGAAGAAGGCAAAGGUUGCAGGGAAGGCCCCUAAAAAGGGCGCGAGGAAAACCCAACCUGCGAAGAGAACUAGGAAAGCGAAGAAAUGAUGCACGUCUAUUUGUUUGGUUGUUGAGGACUUGAGAUAGCUGGCGGCUGAUAAUUCACUCUGAACAGACAUCUAUUGUUAAGCCCAUAUGUGAUCUGUGUUCAUCGGUGUAACAUCAUGCAGUGAUUGUUUUAUAGAGGAAAUAUGUAAAAUUGCAAAGACGAUACUGUGUUACAUUGUUCUACUCUAGAAGCUUUGUAGUUUGGAGGUGCUAAAUUACUGUUACAACACUGUAGCACACUGUAGCGUUUCGUUUGUAUUUGUGAAUUAUUGUCCAAACAUUGACUAAUUAGGCUCAAAAGAUUCGUCUCGCAAAGUACAA